GUGGUGGAAAUCUCCUGCCGGCCUCGUGCUGCAAGAAAUUAAGGGAAGCAAUUAAUAAAGUUUAACUGGUUUCUCUCGUAAGUCUUCGACCUCGACCUCUUCGUUUUCCAGUCUCAACGUACUAUAUAUUCCAAACAUUUUGGGCAUCCAAAUCUGCAACCAUAUUCACACAAUGGAGAGCACUUGGUUCUUCCUGGUCUACUGUUGUAUGGCAGCUAGCUGCUUAACUAUGGCAGCAGCACAAACCAACAUCAGCACAGACCAAUCUGCUCUUCUUGCUCUCAAAGCCCAUAUCAGUAGUGACCCUCAUAACUUGAUCUUGACCAAUUGGUCAACCACUAUUCCCAUUUGCAAUUGGGUUGGCAUUACAUGUGGUGCACACCACCUUAGAGCCACAGCCUUGAACCUCUCCUACUUUGAUCUCCAAGGCACUAUUCCUCCUCAGCUAGGCAACCUAUCAUUUCUUGUUGAUAUUGACUUGAGAAAUAACAGUUUCCAUGGCCAUUUGCCGGGGGAAUUGAAUCGUCUGCGCCGGUUGAAGUUCAUUAACUUUGGAGCCAACAAAUUUAUGGGAGCCAUUCCAUCGUGGUUCGGGCUCUUAUCUAAACUUCAAUCAUUAUAUUUGUUUGGUAAUCAAUUUUCAGGUUCCAUACCAGCGACUAUCUUCAACUUAUCUGUGCUGCAAGUAAUUGAUUUUAGCUAUAACCAACUAUCAGGUAGCAUACCGAGAGAAAUUGGAAACUUAACAACGUUGAAGGAGAUCUUCCUUGAUUUUAACAAUUUCACAGAAAUUCCAAAUGAAAUAGGAGAUUUAAAUCAACUGGAGAAGUUGUUUGUGCAAAAAAAUGCCCUAGAAGGAAAUAUUCCUAUGGCUGUCUUCAAUAUGUCUUCUUUGAUUAUUUUGGCUCUACUUCAAAACAACUUGAAGGGCAGACUUCCAGAUAAUAUGUGCCAAAAUCUUCCUCAUCUUCAAACGUUGGCUUUGGGUUACAACCAGUUUGAUGGUCCACUUCCAUCCAAAUUUUGGCAAUGCAACAAACUUGUUGAUAUAUUUUUGGCUCGUAACAGCUUCAGUGGAAGUAUACCCAAAUGGAUUGGAAACGCAACCCAGUUAAAGGAAGUUGAACUUGCGGAAAACAGUUUAACAGGUACCAUACCGCAUGAGAUUGGUAAUCUUCCAAAUUUAGUGUGGUUAAGCCUCAAUUUAAAUAAUCUCAAUGGCCUCAUCCCAAACACAAUUUUCAACACAUCCACAGCAGCGUUUAUAAGUCUAGUUGGUAACAAGCUCUCAGGCAGCCUCCCAACAAAUAUAGGUCUUGGGCUUCCAAAUCUACAAGAGUUCUACUUGGGACAAAAUAAAUUGAGCGGAGCAAUCCCCAAAUCCAUCUCUAAUGCUUCUCGGCUCACCAUGCUAAGCUGGCCGCUUAACUUACUUUCUGGCUCUAUUCCUAGCACUCUAUGUGCUUUAACAAACCUUCAGUAUCUUUCCUUAUUUGAGAAUAAUUUAACUAUUGAUACUACUACUCCAGAAGUAAAUAUUCUCUCUUGCUUAGCAAAUCUUAAAAAGUUGAGGGUCUUAGCCUUCUCAAGCAAUCCAUUAAAUGCCAACCUCCCUAUUUCCUUUCGGAAUCAUUCUACAUCUCUUCAAAAUGUCUACUUUCAAUACUGUGACAUGAGAGGUAAUAUUCCUGACGAUCUAGGAAACUUGAGCAGCUUGAUAGCCUUAUCCUUGUAUAACAACAAAUUAAGUGGAUCAAUUCCAACCUCAAUUGGAAGACUACAUAAUCUCCAAGCUAUGGGUUUGGGUUACAACAAAUUGCAAGGACACAUCCCAGAUGAACUUUGUCAACUACAAGACCUAGAAUUUUUAGGGUUGAGUGAUAACCAACUCUCUGGCUCUAUACCUUCUUGCUUGGGUCAUCUAGCCUCCACACUAAGAAAUCUAUAUCUGGGGUCCAAUUUAUUGAAUUCCACAAUACCAUCUACCUUGUGGGGACUUUCAGAUAUCUUGUACCUUAGCUUGUCAUCCAAUAAUUUAAGUGGAUCUCUCUCGGAAGAUGUUGGUAAUCUGAAAGCUGUCGUAGAGAUAGAUUUAUCAAACAACCACUUAUCCGGUAGCAUACCGAGCAACAUUGGGAAUCUACAAAGCCUGGUGAAUCUCUCCUUGGAGAAUAAUAAGUUCGAAGGCCUUAUUCCUAGUUCACUUGGCAAGUCGCUUAGCUUGGAACUUUUGGAUUUAUCUGAAAACCAUCUGUCUGGAUCGAUUCCAAAGUCACUCGAAUCUCUCAAAUAUCUCCAGAUUUUGAAUUUGUCUUUCAACAAACUCCAAGGAGAAAUCCCAACAGGUGGACCUUUCCAAAACUUCUCUGCUCAAUCAUUUGUGUCAAGUGGUGAACUCUGUGGUGCACCCCGAUUUCGUGUCCCAUCAUGCAAUAAUAGUACAUUUGAAGCACAUUCAACUAAAGCGAGCAUAUCCAUCUUGAAAUACAUUAUACCAGGGAUCUUGUCAGCAACGUUCAUAGUUACCUCCAUUUGGAUAGUGAUACUAUGUAGAAGAAAGAAUGUGGAAACUGCAAAAGAGACUUCAUUGUUACCUCAACUUCUAUGGAGAAGAGUUUCACACCUCGAACUUGUUAGAGCAACAAAUGCAUUUAAUGAAAGCAACUUACUUGGCAGCGGUGGUUUUGGCUCAGUAUAUAAAGGAACAUUUUCUGAUGGGACAGAUGUGGCUAUAAAGGUUUUCAAUUUACAGCUAGAAGGGGCGUUCAAGAGUUUCAAUGUUGAGUGUGAAAUGCUAUGCAACAUCCGUCAUCGAAAUCUUAUCAAAAUCAUCAGUUGUUGCAGUCAACUUGAUUUCAAAGCUAUGGUACUGAACUACAUGCCUAAUGGGAGCCUUGAGAAGUGGUUGUAUUCUCAAAACUUUUGUCUGAAUAUCCUGCAGAGAUUGAGUAUUAUGAUUGAUGUUGCGUCGGCAUUGGAAUACCUUCAUCAUGGCUAUGGAACCCCUAUUGUUCACUGUGAUUUGAAGCCCAGCAAUAUCCUACUGGAUGAGAAUAUGUGUGCACAUGUUUCUGACUUUGGCAUUGCAAAACUCAUGUGCGGAAGAGAUUCAAUGACCCAAACCAUUACUCAAGCCACAAUUGGAUAUAUGGCCCCAGAGUACGGAAUGGAAGGAAUAGUUACCAGAAGAGGGGAUGUUUACAGUUUUGGUAUUGUAUUGAUGGAAACAUUCACAAGAAAGAAGCCAACAGAUGAGAUGUUUGGGGACAUCAGUUUGAAGCAGUGGGUUGCAAAUUCACCAUUACUUGAUGUUGUGGAUGCCAACUUACUUGGGACAGAAGAAGGGAAUCGUGAAUUUGUGAAUAAGAGGGAGGGUUUAUCAUCCAUUAUGAGAUUAGCUCUAACUUGUUCCACCGAAUCACCAGAAGAGAGGAUAAAUAUGCAAGAGGCUCUAGCCACUCUAAACAAAAUUAAGAUCAAGUUUUUCAAGGACGCUGCUGCAGGAGGAGCUGUGGUGUUGAACCUUCCUCUUGUUAAGCAGCCCUUUGUAUAGGUUUCAUUUCCGUAGCAUAUGAUCUUGGUCUUUGAUUCAGUUUUCAAUAAAUAUAGCUAUUUACACUUUGUAUUUGUUCGGCUGUGAUUGUAAUACUUGCCAAGGCAGAUAUAACAUAAAUGUUAUACCAUUCUAGUUUUCGGUUGCAAUUA